CUUGAAAACCAGCACCAUGAAGAUCCUGGUGGUGGUCUUGGUUUGUCUGCACCUCUCAGAGGGUUUGCAAAGAGUCAUUCUGCGGAAAGGCAAAUCGAUCCGCCAGACCAUGGAGGAGCAGGGUGUGCUGGAGACAUUCCUGAAGAGAUACCCAAAGGGUGACCCGGCUGCCAAGUACCAUUUCACUAAUGAAGCUGUUGCUUACGAGCCCAUCACCAACUACCUGGAUAAUUUCUACUUUGGGGAGAUCAGCGUUGGGACACCACCACAGAAUUUCCUGGUGCUCUUCGACACAGGUUCCUCCAACCUGUGGGUGCCCUCCACCUACUGCCAAAGCCAGGCCUGUGUCAAACACAACAGGUUCAACCCCAGCCAGUCUUCCACCUUCAGCUACAACGGACAAACCUACACACUGUCCUAUGGGAGUGGCAGCCUGAAUGUGGUCCUGGGAUAUGACACCGUUUCAGUCCAGAACAUCGUCAUCCGUAACCAGGAGUUUGGCCUGAGUGAGAGUGAGCCCAGUAACCCCUUCCUCUACUCAAACUUUGAUGGGAUCCUGGGAAUGGCCUACCCGAGGCUGGCAUCAGGGAACUCCCCAACAGUCAUGGAGGAGAUGCUGCAGCAGGGCCAGCUCACUCAGCCCAUCUUCAGCUUCUACUUCUCCCGUAAUCCAACCUAUCAGUAUGGUGGAGAGCUCAUCCUGGGAGGUGUGGAUACCCAACUUUAUUCUGGCCAGAUUGUCUGGACUCCUGUCACCCAGGAACUCUACUGGCAGAUUGGCAUCGAGGAGUUUGCCAUCGGUUACCAGGCCACCGGCUGGUGCAACGGGGGUUGCCAGGCCAUUGUGGACACCGGCACUUUCCUGCUGGCUGUUCCCCAGCAGUACUUGAACUCCUUCCUGCAGUCCACUGGAGCCCAGCAGGCCGAGAAUGGUGACUACGUGGUUAACUGCAACUCCAUAGAGAGCAUGCCCACCAUCACCUUUGUCAUCAGCGGGUCCCAGUUCCCUCUGCCUCCCUCUGUCUACGUCCUCAAUAACAAUGGCUACUGCAGGCUUGGGAUUGAGGCCACUUACUUGCCCUCACCCAAUGGACAGCCCCUGUGGAUUCUGGGAGAUGUCUUCCUCAGGGAGUACUACUCUGUGUACGACAUGGCCAACAACAGGGUGGGGUUUGCCCCCUCUGCCUAGACUAAUGUGGCCCCCCAU